AUGGACUGGACCGAGCUGGAGGAAGAGAGAAGAACCUUUUGGCUUGCAUAUUACCUCGACCGCAUUAUCAGCCUGCGAAGUGACUCAUCUUGCACUUUCGGCGAAGAGGCCUUAAUCCCCUUGCCGGUCCCUGACGCCAACUUUCAGAACGGCAUACCCGCCGUCACGGUAUAUCUCACCGACUUUCUUGGCAAUGGGGAACAUGCAAGCGAGGUGCUGUCUUCGGACUUUACCGAGAGCAUCAUUCUGGCCACUAUCUGUGGCUAUGCAUUAUCGCACUGCCGGCAACUUCUCCUGGAACAAGCCCAGUGUCACGGAAUGGAUCGUUUCUGGAGUCGCUACCGUCACAUCAACGCCAGGCUGACCAGACGAGCCGACCUCUCCGCGACGUGCUACCCCACACAAGCCGAAGAAACAGAGCCGGCGCUGCUCUUCCAGAGCAUCAUGUGGCGUACAAUCAUUUUGUACAUGUACCAGACCAUGAACUUUGCCGUGGCCUUUGUAGACGAAAAGCACCCGGGCCUGGAGUACUUCCAGGAGGCCUCUACUGCGGCGCAGAACCUGGUGAUCUUGACCGACCGCUUACUGGAGGUCAAUUGUUCAAAGUAA